GCAGGGAUACCCGGCGGGGACGCGGAGGAAGAAGCAACAUCCAGGGACACAGCUCAGGAGGGCAGCGCGGGGCUGAUAUCAGUCUCCAGCCUCUUCAGACUUGGAGUAGGGACUCGUCAGUGACCUUCCUGGGAGCUUGUAGGCCUUCAGCCUGGAAUUGGAGCUACAUCACUGGUUCUCCAUAUCUCCUCUGGGAGGACUCUGGGAGUUAUUCAGUUCUCUGGGAGUGAUUCAGUUGGCUUCUAGUCUCUGUGGGAUCCAGGUGACCACCCUUCCAUGGAGCCAAGCAGCAAUUCAAAUGGCCGACGACAGAGGAUGAUUUUGAAUGAGAGUCAAAAGGAUAUCCUUAAUGAAUGGUUUGAAAAAAACCCCUAUCCUGGUAUAGAUACCAGAGACUAUCUGGCCAAAGUAACUGGCAUUUCAGAGUUUCAAAUUCUGACUUGGUUUCAGAACCAGAGAACAAGGCGCAGACGACAAAAGUAUAAAUGUAAUUUUGGGAAAUGCCAAACUCAAGUACAAGACAAGCUUCAGUUCAAGCAUGAAGCCAGACAAAUCAGGACAAACUUCACACGAUCUCAAAUCAAAACCCUAACUCAAGCCCAUGACAAGAAUCAUUUUCCUGGAAUUGCUGCAAGGAAACAACUGGCAAAACAAACAGGCAUUUCAGACAAGAAAAUCGUGGGAUGGUUUCUUAACCAAAGAGCUUGGCACCAACACCAGAGAAUAGGAGAAACUUCAGGAUCCAUGGCAGAAGACCCACAUCAGAUACCUCAUGCUAGUGAUCAGCUGCCACCAAACAACCACAGCACUAACCCAAACAGCUUCAGACACCUUUCUCCCUCCAAUGCUGUUAUCAGCAAACAGUCACUUGCCUCAGCUCUUUUUCCACCUCUCACACCCUUUGGUCCUCAGGAUUUUUUUAGGGGCAGCAUGAGCCAGUUCCCAAGGGCCAAGAGAGUCCAGCCCUCCCAGGCUGUGCAAAGAAGGGAAAACUGUCAUGUUGUUUCAAUAGAUACUACUCGCUUGUCAAUGGGAAUGACUCUGGGAGUGAAGAUUCCUUUAUGUACCCCAAACCAAAGACAAUGUCAGGACCCCAGUGAGCACACUGGCUCAGAGAUACUGCCUUCAAAACACUCUACUCAGCCUCCACCUGAUAGUCAACAGUGGCUGGACCUGGGCCAGAUAGACCCACAUCUCUUUCUGCAGCACUGGGAUGAAUGGUUGCAGUCUGUUAUUGCUGAAUGGGAUCCCUGUGAAAGGACACCAGUUUCCAGAAAAAACUGAGAUAUGUCUGUAUCAAUUGCACGUCCAAACACCUGAAAAUCCAUCUCAUCUAUUUGCCUGAACCCAAUAGCACUGUGUAUAUAUAAUCCUCCUCCUCAACUAACUCCUGUCAACCAAGGACAUUCAGGAAAAGGCAUAAUCUUGAACCUAGAUCCACAAGUUGGUGAUUGUCCAUGAACGUGACUUUUCAGUGAAGGUUUUCAGGUUUUCCACAUGAAUGAAGUUCAUCAUAGCCUCAAGUUUAGGAAGAUCUCAUGGCUCUGACCCAGGUCUUCUUUCCUUGGAUGCAAAUUGAGACAUAGGAAGAAUAACGAAUACACUGAGUUAUGGAGGGAGCCUAAUGCAAGAAGUAGCACAAACCACUUGAAACCCAAAGGAAAUAUUUAUUUUUAAUUUUAUUGGCUCAGAGUCUCCCAGUGAAGUCCCCUUUCUAGGGAUGGUGGAGUUGGAAGAGACUCCUUUAAUCCUCUUCUGGGAUGAACUCCUUCCAGAAGAUGUGGAGAGCUCUCUUAUGAAGAGCUAGAGCUGCUGCAUAUCUCUGUGACAUCCAUUCCAUGGACCCCACACAGAGCUCACAGCUAGGACUGAGACCUCUGAAGGAAGGAGAAAGAAAGUCACAUCUGAUGUCAGGAGGACUUUCCAUUUGGCACCUUUGAUCUCUUACUUGUAAUAUUACCAUGGAUAAGGAAUUAAAUGUGAAUGGUUGGAACCCCUCCAACCAAGUGCAUAAAAAUUAAAACAUUUCUUUGUCCAAUGCUCUUCUUGGAUAUUAGUCCACUGAGUCAGUGUUCACCUAAAACCUAAUAAAAUCCUCCUGUUUACCAGUAGUUUUUCCUGUCUCUUAAAUCCUGAAACAAGAGAUGCAUCCCAGACACCAUCCUUCUACCCACGUCUUUGAGGUGGUAAGUUUUAUUCCCUCCCUGAAUCUGAAACAGGAUCUGAAGGAGAAGCUCAGGACACAGGGCAGUGAGAAAGCACUUUUAAAACUCUGGCUUCUGCUUU